AUGGUGAACUCUCGAGGUGAUUCUCGCCUUGACGCAGUGGAGAAGGCAAACGAGGAACUCAACGAACGGGUCACAUCAUUGGAGUCCAAGCUCGACUCCUUGUUGGUCGAAAUGCGCACGGGAUUCGCGUCCCUCACCCCCGGUACCAAAGUCCCUCCGGAGGACGGGGCUUCUUCCGAGCACCGGGAAUCAAAUUCGGUUUCAACUGGCAACAAUCCCCCAUCCCCUAUGCCGACGUUUGACGGCACCGACGCCCUCGCAUGGCUGGCACGGGCGGAGCAAUACUUCCUGAUUUCGGAUACGGCGCCCGAGAAGCGGGUGGGCGUAGCCAUGGUGGCGUUGGCCGGCGCCGCCCUCCCCUGGUAUCAGCUUCUGCGGAGACGGAAUCCAGACCUCUCCUGGGCCCGGUUUGCUCGCGAGUUGAUGAAACGUUUCGGGGGAAAUGGGGCCCUGGACGAAUACGAGGCGUUUGCAGCAGUCCGGCACACGGGCUCCCUCGCAGAAUAUGUAGCAGCAUUCGAGGCACGCCUCGCUCAGGUACCGGAUAUAGCCUGCCACCAGUACCUCGGAUUUUUCAUGGCGGCCCUCCGCCCGGAGGUGCGCCUCCAGAUGAAGGCUGCAAAGAUCACAUCAUAUGAAGAUGCAGUAGAAUUGGCACUGGACAUAGAUGUGCUCGCAUCACAGCAUCCUCAGAGGACAGCCCCUGCCCCCUCCCACACGGGGUCGCAGCCCUACACCGGGCAACAGCGUCGCCCGUCGACCACCGGUUACUCAAGCGCGCCCUCUCAGCUCUCUUCCACAGGACCGUCCCGGCCAAUGUCCAAACGCUUCCGGAAUAUCUCCCCGGAAGAAUAUAGGCGGCAUAUCGCGGCUGGCACCUGUGUCAAGUGCGGUCUCAAGUUUAGCCCGACUCACAAGUGCCCGCCCAAGACCCUCAAUGUCCUCAUCUGCGACGACGACAAGCUGCCAACAGAGGACCUGGAGCUAGAGGAGGAGCUAGAAGAUGCGAAUAAACCGGAACUCUCCGUUCUAUCCCUACAUGGCUUGGACACGGCAAAUACCAUGAAAUUGUUCGGCCAUGUGGGGCAGCAGCAGGUCAAGAUUAUGGUGGAUAGCGGGGCAAACUACUGUUUCAUCUCCGAGCAAUGCGCCCAACAGCUCCAACUGCGGAUCACCCCAACGUCUCCCUACUCAGUCGUUCUAGGGGACGGCUCCACACGGCGUGCGGCUGGAAUCUGCAAAGGGGUCACAGUGACAAUGGCAAACGAGGACUUCACCAUAUCUUGCUAUGUAUUUCCCCUUCGCAACAUCGACAUCAUCUUGGGAGUGUCGUGGCUCGCCUCCCUGGGGUACGUCAUGGUUAAUUGGCAACAUUCCUCGAUGGAUUUCUCCAUCCACGGCAGACCCGUGGCCCUCAAGGGGAAUCCAUCCCUCAUGCGGCGGGCCUGCUCCACCGGGGACCUCCGUCGCCUGGAGGAAGGCGACUGCGGAUGGGUCCUCCACUCAAUAGACGCCACGCCAUCAGCCUCUCCUUUCGGCAUCGACCCGACCCUAGCGACCGAAGCCGUGGACCAGUUACAGCAGCUGAUCAGGCAAUACCCCGCAAUCACAGAAUCCGCAACCGACUUACCGCCCCGCCGCCAGACAGACCACAGGAUACCGCUUCUACCAGGUACGGAGCCCGUCUCCGUUCGUCCAUAUCGUUACAAUCAUCUACAGAAGGACGAAAUGGAAAAGCUCGUCGCGGAAAUGCUGGAGUCAGGCGUGAUCCAGCCCAGCACAAGUCCAUUUUCCAGCCCGGUACUCCUCGUUCGCAAGAAGGAUGGCUCGUGGAGAUUUUGCGUGGACUACCGGGAGUUGAACAAAAGGACGGUCCCGGAUAAGUACCCCAUUCCGGUGAUACAGGAGCUGUUGGAUGAGCUACAUGGGGCUCGAUGGUUCAGCAAGAUCGAUUUAAAGGCGGGGUACCACCAAAUCCGGGUGGCGACCGAGGACGUCCCCAAAACCGCAUUCCGAACCCACUCCGGCCAUUACGAGUUCUUGGUAAUGCCGUUCGGCCUCACCAACGCCCCGGCAACCUUCCAGAGCCUCAUGAAUGAUAUUUUCAGACCGGCAUUGCGGAAGUACGUCUUGGUUUUUUUCGACGAUAUCCUCGUCUACAGUACCUCGUGGCCCGACCAUCUGCACCACCUACACUUGGUUUUCACGGCACUGCAGGCUCACUCCCUCGUGGUGAACGCAAAGAAGUGCCUCCUGGGCCGAGACAGCGUCGAAUACUUAGGCCACAUCGUAUCCCUCGAGGGCGUAAAGAUGGACCCGGCCAAGAUCUCAGCAGUCCUCCGCUGGCCCACCCCAUCCUCGUUGAAGGGCGUGCGCGGGUUCCUUGGCCUAACCGGGUAUUACCGCCGUUUCAUCCGGGACUACGGCAAAAUUGCAGCGCCCCUCACGGAUCUACUGAAAAAACCGCAGUCCGCGACCCCGAAGCGACCAUGGGCAUGGCCACCGGCGGCAGCCUCGGCAUUUGAGGCACUCAAGACGGCUCUGACGUCAGCCCCCCUCCUCAAAAUGCCAGACUUUUCCAAGGAUUUCGUGAUCGAAUGCGAUGCCUCCGGCCGUGGCCUCGGAGCGGUUCUCAUGCAAGAUCGACAACCGAUUGCUUACUUCAGCAAGACCCUGGCCGGCCGCUGGUUAGCCAAGUCCGCGUACGAGAAGUAG